UCAUGAAUAUAUAAUAUUCAGUACAGUAUUUGUACAGUUUGAUAGCAUGGCUAGGCAAAGAUUCACAGCAAAUGACGUACUGGGAUUGCUAGAGUGUGAUGAUGAUGAUGGUGAACCAAUGAUGCAAGAUAGUGACAAUGAAGACUUUCUGUGUGAUGAAGAUGAGAUUGACUAUGAAGAUGACGAACAGCCCAGGAUGCACACUGUACGGGUCCAGCAAUUCUCUCCCAACAUCAAUUGCUACCAA